UGAGGAGGAUAUCACGCCCAACAUGGAGUUCAUGACGAAUUUACAAAGCGGGCUGGACGAGCAGAAGCCCUCGCUCUUCGAACUGCUAUCCGAGCAACAACUAGGCGCAUUGAUCCCGCCAUCACUACGCUACCUCCUUGCUGUCGCCACACACCGAUACCCUCGCUACCUCCUCCGUAUCCUCAAUUCGUUUGACGAACUCUAUGCCUUCCUCUCCCUCAUCGUCGAACGACAUUACCUCCGCACCUAUGGCGGUGGCUUCACCGAAAACUUCUACGGCCUCAAGCGCGAACGCGUGUUACUUAUCAAGGGCGGUGAGAUCCCAAGAGCCGCAUUGGGAGCACCAGACCAAGUCCGCGAAACAUUGAAACUACGAAACUCGGAUAUCUGGAAGAACUUGGCUGUCAUGGUCGCCUUGCCAUACACAAAGAGGAAACUAGACGAACAUUACGACAUCCACGCUGCAUCAGCAAAUAUCCUAGGUCCUUCUUUCAGAGGAGAUGCAUUGCCGGAUAAUGCAACAUACCGACAGAAGAUCUUCCACUACUACAAGUGGUUCCUGCGGAAAGUCUAUCCCAGUGUGAAUGCCGCAUACUAUUUCGCCCUCCUCGCCUUCAAUCUAGCCUACCUCUUCGACACCUCAAAAUACCACAACCCCUUCUUCUGGCUCAUCGGCACAAGAAUCCGCAGAAUGAACCCAGCAGACCACAAAGUCAUCGCUGCCGCAGCCGCUCCUGCUCCCCCUCGCCCUGGUGCCCCUCCGGCACCUCAAUCCCUCCUCAGCCCCAGGACACUAACACAUACGAUAUACCCUCGCCUCCUCUCAAGUUUAAAGAUCUUGCUACCGACAUCCAUCUUCGCCCUAAAGUUCCUGGAAUGGUGGCACGCCUCAGACUUCGCACGCCAACUCUCCCGCAAAGCAGCAGAAGGCCUCGAACUACCCGCUCCAACCAUAACAGGUGUACCCAAACCCACCACCGUCGCUUCCGAAAAAUCAGGCGUCACUUUCGCCUCUUCCGAAAACCCAGACACCAAAGACGAAAAGGAGAAUCAACAGAAGGAUAAACCAGACCCUCCAAUCUCGACCCUAACUUCCCUCCCCAUUUUCACCGUCCCCCCUCCACCGCCCGACUCAUCAUCGCUAUGUCCAAUAUGUUUGAGCGCAAUUCAAACGCCUACGGCUGCACAGACAGGUUACGUCUACUGCUACACAUGCAUUUUCCGCUGGAUGGAAGGCGAACACCCUCGCCAAGUAGCUUUUAUGGAGGGCAGUCCUUCAGCAGGAGAGGAAGAGGGUUGGGUAGAGGAGAAUGGAGGAAGCAGGCAGGGGAAAUGGGAAGAUGGGAGGGGUAGAUGUGCGGUUACUGGACGGAGGUUAUUAGGUGGCACGGGAGGAUUGAGGAGGGUGAUGGUUUAG